AUGGCUGGCGGCCCCCACCGACGCUGGAGCGUCGAGGAAAACCUCAUCCUUGAGGCCCUUGUUGACGCCAACAAGGAAAAGAUAUUGGGGAAACGUGGAGAGCUUGCGCGUAUGAUUUACGAGAGGCUGAAUGAAUGUGCUCCGGACGACAACUCUCGUACCGUCGAAAAGGUCAGGUACAAGAUGGAUCAUUACAUCAACAAGUUGAAACGAGGGCGCCGCACAUCUCGAGCGAAACCAACGUCGCCUGGACUUGUUGGAGAACAGAUAAGGCUACGGGACAAUACCCACCUCGACUCCGUCACUACUUGUCCUUCCAGCCGUCGCCGUCAAGUACCCAAGGUUGUCAUGAGCCUCCGUUCAUCUACAGGCCCGAGAAGGAAGCUGGAACUUCCUCAUCCGCCAACCCCACCCGCGCCAGUCAAGCAGUAUCCAGGCCCAAAACUUUCAAUACGGGAAAUUCAGGGUCCUAGACAAGAACGAAUGAAACAGGUGAACGCCCAGACCCUUCCAAGAGCUGCAUUGGACUCAGAGCUCCGUGGCACCACGACAACAGCCUCGGACAACGAGCGUUCGGCAAGGUCGAUGAUGGAGGUGGAGCCGUGGGAAAGGAAGCAUAUCGAGAUAUUGAGAAGUCUCAUGGCACAAGGAAGCUACUCUGCUCCACCUCGGCACAGUCAUGUCAGAACCGCCCUCAGCAACAUCACGCUACAGAUCGAGCACAGUAUCGAGUGCUAUCGGCAAGCACAUCCCUGCAGCUAUCUGGACCUCACCACCGCCUCCGACGAUGCUCGGGACCUGAGUCAGGUCAGCUUUACGGCUUCAACCCCUUCAACAGUUGUCGACAUGAUGGAGACAGCCAGCUCUCAUCCAGCAAUCUGGCUUGAUGAUAUUUUGCAGCUCUUCAUAUCGAACGCAGUGUUCACCUGGGCAUUCAACGGAUUCAAAGAAGAUCCGCAGACCCAGAUGCCAUCUGCGGUGCAAAGGACGUUCAACCGACUCGCCCAAUACGAUCCGGAGGCCGUACGCCGACUCAACAUUGCCACCAAACUUGACCUUCUGGACGCCACGGUGAAACCAAGGCUGCCAGUCUACGCCGAAGAGUUCCAAAUCCGCUUGUUCAACAUUUUCAAGUCGAUGAGAGUUGCACCUUCAGAGACGGACCCGGCAUGUGAGGUUGCAUGUGGCUCUCCAGAGUACUCUCAAGCAAAGCAUCGUGAGUUCAAGAAGAUCACGAGGACUGUUUUCUUGGACACCCUCAGCCUACGGGCAGACCUGGCGCGGUGCGACAGGAAGUACUUUGCUCAGUUCUUCAAGCAGGGUGAGCCAUUCGACGAGGAGAGUAUGGAACCACAUCGGCAAGACAUGGAAAAUGCCUUUCGUGAUAGCACGGUGUACAUCUGCUUGCGGCCAGCAAUCCUCAGCUUCCCAAGAGAGUCCGAUUCCGAGGCGCCCAGCCCUAGCCAGGGAGUGGUGGUGGUCAAGGCAAAGGUGGUCGUCACGAGGAGCUCCCAAGCCUAA